AUGGAACUCAUCGAUCAAAUCAUAGUUCCCUGCUGUCUGCUUGGGCUGGUGGCGGCCGUUGCGCAGUUCUUGGUCAUCAGGAUUCGCUUGGGGACCUUUAUCCGGGGCUUCGCACAGGGGAGGCGCAUCAAGCUCACGCCGGAUGGGAAGGACAGCCUCAGCACAGGGCUCACAGCAGGUGGCAGUGAGCAAGCAGCGAAGUUGGUACCCGAGAUCUACGAAAAGAUCAUGACGGGCGCAAUUCAGUUCCUCAAGGUGGAGUAUGCCAUUUGUGCCGCCUUCUGCGUCGUCUUCGCUUUCCUUAUUAGUGCUUUGGUUUCUUGGGGCACGAAGGACACGUUGCAGGGACACCUGACCGCGGGAGCCUUCCUCACAGGAGCCUUCACAUCGAUGCUUUGCGGCUUCCUUGGCAUGAUGAUCGCCACUUACUCCAAUGCGCGCACCACUCUUGCCUGUGCCUACAGCGGCUACACCCUUGGCUUCAACACCGCCUUUCGGGGUGGCAGCGUCAUGGGCUAUGCGCUCUGCUCCCUGGGAGUGCUGAUCCUGUGGAUGCUCUUGAGCUUCUACCGCACCAUCUAUCCGGAGGCUGAUGACUGGGAGAUCCUCUUCGACUGUGCAGCGGGUUAUGGCCUCGGCGGCAGCACCGUGGCCAUGUUCGGCCGCGUCGGUGGUGGCAUCUACACGAAGGCCGCAGAUGUUGGUGCGGACCUCGUCGGCAAAGUCGUGGCCGGCCUGGACGAGGACGAUCCCAACAACCCCGCCACCAUUGCGGACAACGUGGGCGACAACGUGGGUGACAUUGCCGGCAUGGGCGCAGACCUUUUCGGCUCCUUCGCCGAGAGCACUUGUGCAGCAUUGGUCAUCGCUGCAGCAGCCGUGGAAGGUUCGCACCACACGCUGGCAGAUGCUGGCUGGGAUGCCAUGCUCUUCCCCUUCUUGGCUAUCUCCGCUGCUGGCAUUGUGAUCUGCAUCCUUUGCGGGUUUGUGGCUACCAACAUCUCCCCUGUCAAGGACGAGCCCGACAUCGAAUUCGUGCUGAAGGUGCAGAUGGUACACUUAUUUCAAUUUGUCGCAGUCGGCUCGCGAGACGGUGGCCACGGUGGUCUCCAUGAUGGCAAGUUGUGCAGAGACGCUGAUCUUCAUUGA